AUGAGCAACAACAGCAACACCAAGAAUAUGGAUACUCGGAAAUUAGCCCAGCCGAAGCCAGGGAGUGCGACAUUGCCUCCCCAGACAAGGCAAGGAACUAGAGAAACCACACAUGGGCGCCAGAAACGGAUACUUGUUCUCGUUACCGGUGGUGGGUACACCAAUGCAGCCCCCUUAUUCGAACUGGCUUCUAUUCUUGCGUCGAGGGGCUAUUUGAUUGAGUUCGGUACGCUAUCCGGUCGCGAUAACUGGUUGUCUAAUUGGCCUUUUGUUUCCCGUUUUCAUAUCAUUGGCAAAGCCGUGCCUCCCAAUGUGGAAGAGGAGAACUAUCUGAACAUGUCCAAGUGGGACACAGACUUGACAUCAAAUUGGGCAUCAGUGUUCAAGACCAAGCUGUUCUUAGAGUCAUCAUGGCCAGAAGUAUAUGCUUCUUUGAAAGGGAUUGUCCAGGAUCAUGAGUCUAGGCCAGAUUUCAUACUGGCAGACUACUGGGUGGAAGCGGCAAGAGAUGUCUGCUUGGAGCAUAACAUACCUCUCGCGAUGCACUGGCCACAAAUGCCAACCGCUAUGCUUCACGCAGCAUACAUCCCAGGAACACCAGGCCUUCAGAUUGACGUACUCACCUCCGAGUUUGCCACGAUCUGGCAAAGAUUGAAGAAUGCCUUUGCCAUUUACACAUCGCUUCCAUACUAUCUCCAAUACAGAAGUGCGACAAAACGAAUGCGUGCCUCCAUGGGUGUGACCAGACAACCAAAAGUAGUCUCCAAGCCAGAUUACCUCUGCCUCACAAAUUCUUUCUUUGGUCUUGAAGCAGCCAAAGACCUUCCGCCCAAUGUUGCGGCGAUAGGUCCGGUAUUGUCCGAUAGCUUUGUACCCUUAACUGAACCGUUGCAAAUGUUUCUUGCAUCCCGCUUUAGAGUUCUCUACAUUUCGAUGGGAACGCAUGUCUUGCUAUCCCAUGAUCGUCUAUGCCAAAUCCUUCGCGGCUCCAUAGCAUCGCUUGGUGUGGGCAUGGUGGACGGCAUAAUCUGGGCCAUAGGAUCCAAGGCACGAGCUCAACUGGUACAGUCGGAAUUGAUUGUUCUGCCGUUAUUGGACUCAGCAAAGGGGCUUGGACCUACUUCGAAUAUUAGUGAAACAGUUGGAGGGCUGUUGAAUAACAACCACCCUUCCAUUCUCUUUUUGGAAUACGCACCUCAACGUGCUAUUCUUCAAGAUGACCGCAUCGCAGUGUUUCUCAGCCAUGCAGGUCCGUCUUCGGCGAACGAGGCUGCCUUUGCAGGUGUGCCUCUAAUCACCAUUCCUGUAUAUUUUGACCAGAUACAGUAUGCAAUGAGACUCAGAGACGCUGGUGUAUCUGUGCCGCUUAAAAAGGAGACAUUCAAGGCUCACAAUGUCACCACUGCAAUAUCUCAUAUUAUCGAAGAUAGUGACCGCCAAGGGCCAAUAGCAACUAAUGUGAGGCGCCUACGGUCUAUUGCCCAAACGGCCUCUCGCCGGAAAUAUCUGGCCGCAGACCUCAUCGAAGAAACACUUGCUGACUGGGAAGGACGAAGUAUCGAAAUGAGGGUCGGAGUUGGACGGUCUCGUGGCAUGCAUCUUCAGACGGCGGAUACAAGGAUGGGGUGGUGCAAAGCGCGAAAUCUGGAUUUAUGGGCCAUUGUCAGCGCGGCGACAUUGGUCUUGGUUGGAGUUGUCUCAGCUGUAGCGGUUCCUCUAGUUACGUAA